GGCUGGACCGUUGAGCCAUGGCUGCGAUCAAAAUCGCCAACCCUGGGGCUGAAGUGACGCGGAGCCAGGCGGCUUUGGCUGUGAAUAUAUGCGCUGCCCGAGGGCUGCAGGAUGUGCUGCGUCCCAGCUUGGGUCCUAAGGGCGCGCUAAAAAUGCUUGUUUCCGGGGCAGGUGACAUCAAACUCACCAAAGACGGCAAUGUACUGCUUCAUGAAAUGCAAAUUCAACAUCCAACGGCUUCUAUCAUAGCAAAAGUGGCGGCAGCCCAGGACCAUGUCACAGGCGAUGGCACUACCUCAAACGUUCUGAUCAUUGGAGAAUUGCUAAAGCAAGCUGAUCUUUACAUUUCUGAGGGCCUGCACCCUAGAAUCAUAGCUGAAGGAUUUGAUGUUGCAAAGACGAAAGCACUUGAAGUUUUGGAUGAAAUUAAAGUACAAAAGGAGAUGAAAAGAGAUAUCCUCUUAGAUGUGGCUAGAACAUCCCUGCGGACGAAAGUUCAUACUGAGCUGGCCGACAUACUAACAGAGGCUGUGGUGGAUUCUGUCUUGGCUAUUAGAAGACCAGGUAUUCCUAUUGAUCUCUUCAUGGUGGAAAUCGUGGAGAUGAGGCACAAGUCAGAAACAGACACACAGUUGGUCCGAGGGCUGGUCCUGGACCAUGGCGCCCGCCAUCCGAGGAUGAGGAAGCAGGUACAAGAUGCAUACAUCCUCAUUUGCAACGUGUCCCUGGAGUAUGAAAAGACAGAAGUGAGCUCUGGUUUCUUUUAUAAGACUGUAGAAGAGAAAGAGAAAUUGGUAAAAGCUGAAAGAAAAUUUAUUGAAGAUAGAGUGCAGAAAAUAAUAGACCUAAAGCAGAAAGUCUGUGCUGAGUCCAAUAAAGGAUUUGUUGUCAUUAAUCAAAAGGGCAUCGAUCCAGUUUCCUUAGAAAUGCUUGCAAAACAUAACAUCGUAGCUCUUCGCAGGGCAAAAAGAAGAAAUCUUGAAAGGCUUACACUUGCUUGUGGAGGAUUGGCUGUCAACUCCUUUGAAGACCUGAGUGAAGACUGCUUGGGUCAUGCUGGCCUUGUAUUUGAGUAUGCAUUGGGUGAAGAAAAGUUCACUUUUAUUGAGGACUGUGUAAACCCUCUCUCUGUCACCUUAUUGGUCAAAGGACCAAACAAGCACACUCUCAUACAGAUCAAGGAUGCCUUAAGAGAUGGACUUCGUGCGGUCAAAAAUGCUAUUGAAGACGGCUGUGUGGUUCCAGGGGCUGGGGCAGUGGAAGUUGCAAUAGCAGAAGCUCUUGUUGACUACAAGCACCGUGUGCAGGGAAGAACUCGCCUUGGAAUCCAAGCCUUUGCUGAUGCCUUACUCAUCAUCCCGAAGGUUCUUGCUCAGAAUUCUGGUUAUGACCUGCAGGAAACAUUGAUAAAAAUUCAGACUAAACAUGCCGAAUCAAAAGAACUCGUGGGUAUAGACUUGAAUACAGGAGAACCGAUGGCAGCAGCAGAAGCCGGAAUUUGGGAUAAUUACUGUGUGAAAAAACACCUUCUUCACUCUUGCACCGUGAUUGCCACCAACAUCCUCCUGGUUGAUGAAAUUAUGCGAGCUGGGAUGUCUUCUCUCAGAGAUUGAAUUUGAAAUCAAUUCGUCUAGAAGACAAGAUUCCAUAUGUGUCCAGCAGCAUCACAUGGCCUUAACUGUUAGAAAAUAAAGGUCGUGCAUGUCUUUUGGUCUCAAAUGUUUGAAAAACCCUUAAUCAAAGCAUAAAGAACACACAGAUUUUUCCCAGUAAAGAAAUAGCAAUGGUAAUAUUUUCUGAGUCUUAACUCCCCACCCUGUAACAUAUGCUGUUUCAGUUUUCAUAAAGAAAAAUGUGUCGUGAUGCCUGUAGCUUCUGGGCACAGGCUUGAGAGUAUCCCAGCCAAGUCUAGCUUAUCGGAGAUCAUAGCUAUAACAAGACAAACGUCCUCUUCUCUUCAAGAAGCCCUCGGAAACUUCCUGCUGCUGCUCCCUUCCACGUGUGGCAGCCCUUGCAAUAUAGGUUUGGGUUGUUCUCAUGCACAGUUCCUGACCCAACCUAAUUACUAUAUAGUUUAAUUUAGUUUGCUUAGCCUUUAAAAAUGUGGGCGGGGUCUGGCUUUGUGGCUGGGACUGGAAUUUAGAAUCCUUUUGCCUCAGCUUCUGAGUGCUGGUGUUAUAACUCUGCCCUGUUUUCAGAGACCUGCACUCAGCCCUGGCUCUGCUAGGCCUGACUAUUCGGCCAGGCAGCCCCUCUGGAAAGGCAGAGCUCAGUGGUAUUGGCUCUAUGAGACCGCUGCUUUGGGUUCAAAUGUAGCUGGGUUUUUUUGUUUGUUUGUUUAUUGAAUAUCAUCUUCAUUUAC